AUGCACAUGCUCGCAAGCUUCCCGGCUAUUAAAAUAGGUCUCAUGGUGGGCAUCGGCGCCGGGAUCCCUCGGAUAAAGAAAGACCGCAAGACUAGCAGGUAUCGCGACCUCCGCAACAUACGACUAGGCGACGUUGUUGUCAGCCAGCCUGGCGGCACGCACGGUGGCGUGAAACAAUAUGAUCUCGGCAAGGCGCAUGCUACCGGCGAUUUCGAGCCUUCGGGCUUUCUGAACGGCCCGCCGCGAACUCUUCUCAAUGCCGUCGGAGUUCUGCGGCAGUUACACGAAAGUGGGGAGAGCGACAUGCCCAACAUCCUGAAUCAGAUCCUGCUGAAUCUCAGCAAUGCACCGCAUUCGUAUGCGUAUCCGGGACAAGAAUUCGAUCGGCUGUUUGAAGCCGAAUACCACCAUCCUCAGGACGAAGAGACCUGCGAUGAUUGUGAUGAGGAUAAAGAGGUUGUCCGAACGGAUCGCAGGUCCACGAAUCCAGUAUUACACUGUGGUGUCAUCGCAUCGGGAAACCAGGUCAUCAAAUCCCCUGCCAUUCGGGAUCGUCUCGGGAGCGGUUGUAUUUGCUUUGAGAUGGAAGCGGCUGGCCUCAUGAAUGAUUUCCCAUGUCUGGUCAUUCGUGGAAUAUGCGACUAUGCAGAUUCCCACAAGAACGACGCUUGGCAGAGAUACGCUGCAGCUACAGCCGCAGCAUGUGCCAAGGAAAUUCUGCUCAAUAUCCCUGAGGUUGAAGUUGAAAAUGAGCGGUUGGCGAAAGAGGUAGUGCAGGCUGCACAGAUGGUAAUGGAAGAUGUCCGUGAAAACAUAAGGCCACUUCAGGAAGAAUUGCAUCAAAAGCGCAAAUCAGAAAUUCUCAGCUGGCUGAGCGAAGUUAGCUACAUCGCUUUGAAAGCCGACUUCCUGAGUAGAUGGUGCGAGGGGACCGGCCAGUGGAUACUGGUGCAUCCCACCUUUCAAACUUGGAUUAAUGAUGAGAAUCCAACGCUCUUCUGCACUGGUAUCCCUGGCGCAGGCAAGACAAUUACGUCGUCCAUCGUAAUUCAACAUUUAACUUCCAGAUACGCAAACGAUAAUGUCAUGGUUGCAUUCUUGUACUGCAACUACAAAAUGAAAAGCAAGCAGACAGCCAACGAUCUCCUCGCCGCAUUGCUGAGGCAAUUCGCCGAAAGGCCAGGCGAAUUUCAUCACUCGAUCAAGAGCUUGGAUGAAAAGUGUGAAAGGAAAAGAAGACCAACCCGAGAGGAGCUCGUCGAGGCACUUUUAUCUAUAGUAGAAAGCUUUGACCGAACCUUCGUUGUGGUAGAUGGAUUGAACGAAUGUCCGCAAUGGGAUGACGACAUCCGCGGAGGACUCGUGGGCACAAUACGUCACCUUCAGCAGCGAGCACCAGUCAGCUUUCUAGCCACCUCACGAGACAUCCCAAUCAUCCUUGAAGAAUUUCAGAAUGACAUGACAUUGAAAAUCACGGCCCGGACGGAAGAUGUCAUAAAAUAUCUGCAGAGCCGGAAAGACGCGCCGAGGAUGAUCCAAAAGAACAUCGAUCUACAGCUGAAAGUCGUUAGAGAUAUUGCAGAUGCUGUUGACGGCAUGUUCCUCCUUGCGCAGCUCUACUUUGACUCAUUAAAGUCGAAGAGAACAGAGGCAGAUAUUGAAGAAGCAUUAGGAAAAUUCAGAGGAGGCCCCGGAGGUCUGAAAGCCUUGACACAAGCAUAUGAUGCAGCAAUUGCAAGAAUCGGCGACCAGGAAGAAGAAGACCGCAAUUGGGCCUACAAAGUCAUCCGCUGGGUCAGCAAUGCCAAGAGACCUUUGUCCCCAACAGAAAUCCAGCAUGCACUUGCCAUCCGGCACGGUGACCGUCAGAUCAACCCGAAGAACUUUCCCGACUGCGCCGAAAUUGUCUCGCUUUGCGCAGGACUGGUGUCGAUAAACAGGGAGAGCAAUACCAUCCAGCUCGUUCAUCACACGACAGGAGAGUACUUUGAUAGUAACACACUCAGCUGGAUGGUUUCUGCUCCACUCGAUCUGGCCGCUUCUUGUCUCAUGUAUCUUGCAUUCGCAGAAUUUGCCUCCGGCAUGGCCCCUGACGAUAAGAAUUUCGAAGAGAGGAUCGGCAGGAACAAGUUUCUUCGAUACGCCGCCAGCAACUGGGGGCACCACGCGCGGGAAUUAGAAAAAGACCUCCUGGAAAACCACAUGACGCUGCUCCAGAAUUUUCUGCGAAACCGGCAUUUGACCUUCGCAGCCAGUCAAGCCAGGAGUGCAAGGGGAUACUGGACCGGAUACAGCCAGGGCUCUCCUCGUUGGCUAUGGUCACACACUCUGGCCUUCUUCGGACUCGGAGAGAUAUUUCAGCACAUGCUCUGCUUCAGUGAGAACGAAGUUGAUUUUGCGGAUGGGGAAAGCAGCUUGACCCCCCUUGCACUAGCAGCGAGCGAAGGACAUGAAGCCGUGGUCAAAUUACUGCUUGAACUUGGACCGGAGAGAGUAGAGCUGAACUCCGGAAUCAGAUUUGGUCACCGCACUCCAUUCGGUCAAGCUGUCAGCAACGGACAUUAUGCCGUGACGAAGUUAUUCACCGAUCUCGGACCGGAAGCGAUAGAUCUGAAUUCCAAACAGCAUUGCCGCCGACAGUCGCCAAUUUCUGUAGCCGCUCAGAAUGGGUCAUACGAAAUUGUUCAGCUGCUCAUAAACCUCGGGCCAGAGCGUGUAGAGAUCGACUCAAGGGACGGCUUUACCAAGCAAACUCCACUCGCGCAUGCUGUUCAGCAUGGCCAUGUCAAGAUAGCCGAGCUUCUUCUCAGCCUUGGGCGGCAGAGAGUGGAUCCUAACAGCAAGGACAAAUUCGGCAAUACUCCGCUCAUCUGGGCAGCCAGAAAUGGGCACACGGAGCUGGUGAGCUUGCUUAUGGAUCUUGGGCCUGAGCAGGUGGAUGCCAACCACACCAAUCGCGAAGGCCGUACCGCUCUGCAGGAAGCUGUAAUGCACAACCACUGCGACGUGGUUCGGAGGCUUGUCAACUACCCAUAA